AUGGGGUCGAAAGAAAAGAGAAGAAAUGAAGACGAAGCUGAACUUCUCGAAAAGAAGCGAUUGAAGUUGCAAAAGAAGCAGGAAAAGAAGGAAAAGAAGGAAAAGAAAGAGGCCAAGAGCGAUGUAAGUGAGAAGAAGGACAAGAAGGAUAAAAAGGACAAGAAGGAAAAGAAGGGUAGAAAGGAAAAGAAGGAUAACAAGGAAAAGAGUGAAAAGAACAACACAGAAGAACCAAAUGGAGCAUUGAUAAGCGAAUCACUGCUAACAGCCUCCACCACGGGAUCAGCUUACAAACAAACCUCGCAACUUUCAAACCUUGCACAAUCAGAAAUCGACGAUUUUCUAACCACAAACGAAGUCACCGUUGAAGAUCCCCAAAAUCUCAACUUUAGACCUAUCCUAUCAUUCAACCAAGUCGAGUUUGUUCCUGAAAUCUCAUCCAGGCUUACAAAAUUCCCCAAACCAACACCCAUCCAAUCUGUCUCAUGGCCAUAUCUACUAGACGGUAAAGAUGUCAUUGGAGUAGCCGAAACCGGAUCGGGCAAGACUUUUGCCUUUGGAGUGCCGGCAAUCAACAGCAUCAUAACCACCCAAAACAACCAUACCCUAAGUGUGUUGUGCAUCUCGCCCACGCGUGAAUUGGCGUUGCAAAUCUAUGACAACUUGGUCGAAUUGACUCAAAACACCAAAGUCUCAUGCUUGGCAGUCUACGGCGGUGUUUCCAAAGAUGACCAGAUGAAAAAGAUCAACCGCGGAGUCAAUGUCGUUGUGGCUACGCCAGGCCGAUUAGUAGACUUGCUCAAUGACGGCGCCAUAGAUUUAAGCAGCGUCAACUAUCUCGUGCUCGAUGAAGCUGACCGUAUGCUCGAAAAGGGGUUUGAAGAAGAUAUCAAGCAAAUCAUUAACUCGACCCGAGCCCAAAACAGACAAACGUUGAUGUUUACUGCCACAUGGCCCAAGGAAGUCCGCGACCUUGCCCAAAACUUCAUGAACAACCCAACCAAGGUGACCAUCGGCGAUCGAGACGAACUCAGCGCCAACAAGCGAAUCACGCAAAUCGUAGAGGUCUUGGACGACAAGUUUCAAAAGGAGAAGAAGUUGAUUUCACUUUUGCACAAGUACCAAGCCACGGGCACUCAAAACAACAAGAUCCUCGUUUUCGCCUUGUACAAAAAGGAAGCCUCGCGGAUCGAAAACUUGCUCCACCGCCACGGCUUCAAAGUCGCCGCCAUCCACGGCGACUUGUCCCAACAGCAGCGUACUCUGGCCUUGGCCCAGUUCAAGUCGGGCGAGUGCAACUUGUUGCUCGCCACCGACGUCGCCGCGAGGGGACUCGAUAUCCCCAACGUCAAGUACGUGCUCAACCUCACCUUCCCCUUGACCAUCGAGGACUACGUGCACAGGAUCGGGAGAACCGGCCGCGCGGGCCAAACUGGUAUUGCGCAUACCUUCUUCACUGAGGACGAGAAACACUUGAGUGGCGCCUUGUGCAAUAUCUUGCGUGGUGCCAACCAACCUGUUCCUGAAGCCUUGUUGAAAUAUGGUGGUCAUACCAAGAAGAAGACCCAUUCCGUCUACGGUGCAUUUUACAAAGAUGUUGAUAUGAGCAAAACGGCAAAGAAAAUCAAGUUCGAUUAA